AUGAACGGAACAACUUCAAACGGCGCUAGAAAUGCGAAUAACACUAGUGUACAAAUUAACCCAUAUACCCCAAGAUACGCAGAUUUACUUAGUCGAGUAAACAACUUUUCUAUCAUUGAAUCAACAUUAAGAGAGGGAGAACAAUUUGCCAAUGCCUUUUUUGACACGGCUACCAAAAUUGAGAUUGCUAAAGCAUUGGAUGAUUUUGGUGUAGAAUAUAUUGAAUUGACUUCACCAGCUGCUUCGGAACAGUCGCGGCAGGAUUGCAUUGCAAUAUGUCAGUUGGGUUUAAAGGCUAAAAUUUUAACUCACAUCAGAUGCCAUAUAGAUGAUGCUAAAAUUGCCGUUGAAACUGGUGUGGAUGGAGUAGAUGUAGUCAUUGGCACAUCAUCUUAUUUACGAGAAUUCUCGCAUGGUAAAGAUAUGGCCUACAUUUCCGCAAAAGCAACUGAAGUAAUAAAUUUCGUGAAGUCUAAGGGAAUCGAAGUCCGAUUUUCGUCAGAAGAUUCUUUUCGAAGUGAUUUAGUUGAUUUGUUGAGCUUAUAUCGACAAGUUGACACACUGGGUGUAAAUCGAGUGGGAAUAGCUGAUACAGUUGGCUGCGCUAAUCCACGUCAAGUUUAUGAAUUGGUUAGAACACUUCGUGGUGUAGUUUCGUGUGAUAUUGAAUGUCAUUUUCAUAAUGAUACGGGAUGUUCUAUUGCUAAUGCAUUUGCUGCACUCGAAGCUGGUGCAACACAUAUCGACACAUCGGUUUUAGGUAUUGGCGAACGUAAUGGUAUUACGCCUUUAGGUGGUUUAGUUGCCCGUAUGUACACGGCUGACAAGGAUUACAUCAAAUACAAGUAUAAACUUGACAAGCUUCGUGAUGUGGAAAAUUUGGUUGCCAAUGCAGUUGGCGUAGAAGUUCCUUUCAACAAUUAUAUAACUGGAUAUUGUGCGUUCACACAUAAAGCUGGUAUACACGCCAAAGCAAUUCUGAAUAACCCAAGUACAUACGAGAUAUUGAAACCAGAAGAUUUUGGAAUGACCCGUUAUGUAUCUAUUGGUCACCGUCUUACAGGCUGGAAUGCUGUCAAGAAUCGUGUAGAGCAACUUGAUCUUACUCUUACAGACGAGCAAGUUAAACAAGUCACCAACAAGAUUAAGCAACUUGCAGACAUCAGGCCUCAAAGUAUGGAGGAUGUAGAUACGUUGUUAAGAAAUUUUCACCAUGCUGUCAAAUCCGGUGAUCCUUCUCAUGUCGAGAAUGUUUUAUCUACACCUGCUGUUAAAUAG